AUGAUAGAUGAGUCACAGAGAGUUAAUGCAUCUCCAGAAGAGGUUGGAGAUGGUGCUGAUGAGAGAACGAGCACUGAGAUGAUGAAAGAGGGGGAAUCGGUAGAUGUACAUAAUAGUAAUGAUUUAGAAGAUGAAUACAAUGAAGAGGAAGACGAAGACUUUGAUCCUGAUAAAGUGAAGGUUACCCUAGGUGAUGCUGAUGAUGAUGAUGACGAUGAUGAUGAUGCUGAAACUAAUCUCAGUGACGAUGAUGAAGAAGAACAGAAAGAAGGGAAAACGCGAUCUGGCAAAAAUGAUUACUCUAAAAUCGAGAGUGAGACUGGUGGUUUAAUCAAAACAAGGAAAGCAAGACAGUUGGAAGAAGAAUUAAAUAGGAAGCGGAAAUACGAGCAGUUAGAAGUCACAAGUGUACCCAGCUCCAUCAAUGAUAUUUGGGAAGAAUUAAAACAAACAAGUAACAAACGACUUUCGAAGAGGCAUGCUGUUCAGGGAAAAAAUAAUGGUUCAGUACUGGCGACAAGCACUCAAGGGGAUGAACAAGACGUUUCUUCUUUCGAUGAUGGUAGUGAAAAUAUUUUAAUUGAGAGAAGUUAUAAGUUUGCAGGGGAACUGAUCCAUGAAAAAAAAUAUGUUUCCAGAUCGAGUGCAGAAGGGCGAGAAUAUUUAAAUGCUGUACAGUUCCAAGAUGAAAUGAAAACGACUGAGGGCAAGGAACCAAACCUAAAUGUAGGUUCGAAAGAGGCUGACUCCAAAGAUGGACAUGGCCGAAUGGAGAACUUAAAUCUGCGGAGGCCAUUAAAGAGACAACCGAUCCUAGAACAGAUUAUAUCUGGCGCAAUAAAGCCUAAAUUGACAACUUUAGAGAAGUCCAAGCUAGAUUGGGCCACUUACGUUGAUAAAGAAGGCAUUAAUGACGAGUUACAACUUUAUAAUAAAGAUGGGUAUUUAGCCAAGCAAGAUUUCUUGAAUCGUGUGGAAUCCAAGAAAGAUGAAAAAUAUAAAGAAUUCAGGCAGAAGCAGAUACAGUUGCAACUACAGGAAUCACAACAAAAUUCAUAA